GGAGUUAAAAGGCGGUGGUUGGAGGAGCAGGGCUGGAUGUUUUCCCUCAGCUGACUGCAGGAUUCCAACAACAUGAGGAGCGGCUGGAUUUCACUCUGCGGGCUUCUGGCUGCGGUUUGUGCCGCCGAGGCGACCAACGCCUACAGCUCUAACCUUCGUUGCGACUGUAACGGGAGGUCUCGGUACUGCCUUCGGGAUGCCUGGGGCCUCCGCUGUGUGAACUGUCAGGGAAACACAGAGGGCCGCCACUGCGAGCGCUGCCAACAUGGCUUCCACCUGCAGGGAGAAGGCCUGAGCUGCACGCCCUGCCACUGCAACCCUGCAGGUUCGGUCAGUGCAACAUGUGACAGCAGGGGGCGCUGCAGCUGUAAAGAAGGCGUCACUGGAGACAAAUGUGACCGCUGUGCCAAUGGUCCCAUCGGGCCGGACGGAUGCCCACAAAGACAUCAGCUCAGAGAGGAUUCUGGAAGUUUGACGAUGCCAUGUUUCUGUUAUGGACACAGCAGUCGGUGUUCAGCUGAAUCUGGUUACUCUGUCCACAACAUCACCUCCACCUUCAGCACUGGUCUGGAGGGUUGGAAGGGGGCCACGGUGCAGGGCAUCACUCCCCAUGAUAUUUACUUCCGUUGGUCACCAAAGCACCAGGACCUGGAGGUGAUCUCCAAAAACAGCCUGCCGAUUUACCUGUACGCGCCAGUUUCUUAUCUGGGAAACCAGCUGCUGAGCUACGGUCAGAACUUCUCCUUCUCGUUGCGUCUGGACCGCGGCGUCCGACAUCCGUCCACCAACGAUGUGAUCCUGGAGGGUGCCGGUCUGAGAGUCUCCGCCUCCCUGGGCGACCUGCGAUCCAUCGUUCCCUGUGGACAAAAGAUCAGCUACAGCUUCAGGUUGGACGAGCAGCCUGGCAGCAGGUGGAAGCCUCAGCUCUCCUCUUUCCAGUUCCAGACGCUUCUGCAAAACCUCACGGCCAUCAAGAUCCGUGGCACGUUUGGAGACAAUGGACGUGGCUAUCUUGACGACGUGAAGCUGGUGUCGGCAAAGCAUGGCACCGGCGUCCCGGCCCGCUGGGUGAAGACCUGCAGCUGUCCUCAGGGUUACGAGGGCGAGUUCUGCGAGCGCUGCUCGGCAGGGUUCAGGCGCAAGGUCCCUGCAGACGGGGCCUUCAGCCCCUGUGAGCCCUGCAGCUGCAGAGGAGACAACUGCGAGUCUCAGACUGGAGACUGUUACUCUGCAGACGAGACGCCCAGGGAGCAGAGCUGCUCUGAGGGGUUCUACAAAGACCCGAGACAACCCGGGACCUGUGUGAGGUGUCCCUGUCCACAGGGGGCAUCCUGCUCUUUGACCGCGGGCUCUCUGGAGCCUCGCUGUGAUCGCUGUCCCCCGGGAACCACCGGUCCUCGCUGUGACGUCUGUCAGGAGGGUUUUUACGGCGACCCUGCAGGUUCUGCAGGUGUGCCGCGACCCUGCAGACCCUGCAGGUGUAACGGCCACAUCGACGUCAGCGUGGCGGGAAGCUGCGACCGCUACAGCGGAGUGUGUGUGAAGUGUGUUAACAACACGAUGGGACGGAGCUGCGAGGGUUGUGUGAGAGGCUUCUACCACAACCAACCCACCGACGCCUGCAAACCCUGUAACUGUGACCUUCAGGGCUCUGAGUCCGACCAGUGCGAUGACUUUGGUCGCUGUGUGUGCCGACCGGGCUUCGAGGGUCUGAGGUGUGAUCAGUCCGACUGUCCCGCCUGUUUCAGCCCCGUUAAAGCAAAGAUGGAGGAUAGCGCUGGCAGACUGAAGGAGCUGGAGACUCUGUUCUUGCACAUGGACGGAGGUUUGAAACCAGCUGACGGUGCUGCGAUGGAAGCCGCCCUGAAAGCGGCUGAGGAACUGGUCAACGACCUGCAGGGCAACGUAAAAGAGCUGAAAGAGAUGGAGAAAAGGCUGCAGGGUCGCCUGUCGUCCAUCAGCAGGAGUCAGCUGGCCGAGGGGCAGGACAUCCAAAACAUUGGCAACGUAGCGGACAGCAUCAGGCAGCGACAACAAAUGUACAACGACCAGGUGACGAAGGUGCAGAAGCUGACCGAGGAGAUAAGGUGGCAACUGGAUGAGGCCAGAACCAAACUCAGAUCAGCUGAGAUUCCUCUAGGCGAUGGCACACCAAGUCCAAACCUGCUGUCUUCUCUGGUGCAGACGGCUACCAGUCUGGCUGACAAACAUCAGAAGAAGGCGGACGCUGUGGAGCAAACGGCCAACGAAGCUCUGAGUGACUCUGAGUCCAGUCUGGCUCUGGUCCGGACUCUCAUGAACAGAGAGAACAAAGUCAAAGAGCUGAUUGGAGAUCUGAAAACUCUGUACGAUGAGACCUCUGCGCGAGUGAAGAGUUUGGAGAACCAGGGGACCCGCCUGAGCGAUGAAGCCAGAGACGAGAGCAAGAUGGCCGACAGCAUGUUGAAGGACAUCGCCAACAUGGAGAGAAACAUCCCACCAGCAGUGAAGGCGGAGACCGACGCCAUGAUUAGCAGGCUGGAGGGGCUGAAGCAGGAGGUGGAGGGGAACAUCUCAGCCAUUGUGGAUCUUCAGGAUAAAAAGCAACAAAGCCAAACUGCUGCUGAAGACCUGCUAGCUAAAGGCAAAGCUGCCCAGCAGGAAUUCAACCAGCUGCUGGACAGAGUCAACACAGCGAAGGCCGACACUGAGCGCGCCCUGCAACGAGUCAGCAGCACCGACGAGCUGGACGACAUCCUCCGCACCUUGAGAGACUUUGACCAGCAAAUGGAUGACAGCAGAGCUCUGGCUGAUGCCGCCAUCAAACGUCUUCCAGGAAUUAACGCUACCAUCCAGCAGGCGGUUGACAACAACUCCAAGACGCAGUCUGUGGUGGGAAUCGUGUCAGAAGAUUACGAUAGCGCACUGGAAACCAUCAACUCACUGGAGGACCUGGUCAAUGGUCUGGAGUCAAAUUUAGGAUCGUUGCCCUCUCAUGUUAGUUUGGUGGAUGAAUCCGCCAGGCUGAACGAUGAAGCUACAAACCUGAAGAAGAAGACAAAUAAGACAGCUGGAGAUGUAGCUUCUGAGCUGGACGACGCACGGCAGCUGGAGGCUGAUGCUAAGGAGGCGGCCGUGGGGGCAGCUGCAGCUCUCAACAAGGCCAAGCAGACCGGAGACGCUGUGAGGAAAACGCUGCGAGACAUCAACAACCUGCUGGCUAACAUGAACCAGACCACCGUCGUGGAUGAGAAGCAUCUGGAUCAGCUGGAGGGCUCGCUGGCCAACGCUCGGAAAGAGGUGGACGCCCAUCUGAGGCCUCGCCUUCAGGACAUGGAGGAUCAGGAGGACGCUCAGCGGCGCCAGCUGGCCAGGAUCAACCUGGACAUCGACAGCAUCCUGGCAGACAUCGCUAACCUGGAGGACAUCCUGAGGGUCGUCCCCAGCGGCUGCUACAACAGCCCGCCCAUCGAGGAGGCCUAACUGUGGGCUAGAAGAACGUUUAUACGAGGCAGCCGGUUUUAUGAGUUACUGGCCUGUUUCUCAGAAAAUAAGGUUUUACCAGAGAAAGAAAAACAGCUGGAGGUUAUUUUACAUUAUUACUGGCAGCAGCUGUUACAAACCUUCUUCCUUCUCCCGUUUAAGAAAAACUAGUUUCGUUCAGUCUCUUUAAUUUUUACCUGAAAACAUGAAAAUAAAUCCAUCUAAGAACUGAACAAAUAAAAGGGACUUCCGGGGAAUAUUUGUUGAACUGUAGUAGUUUAUGAUGAGUUUUUCCUCCCUAAAACGCCCUGAAAGCCUUCCACGCUCAGUAUUUACACCCCAGAUGUUUUCAUCUGUUUGUUGUGACUUUUUAUGCUUAAAGCCUGAUUCUGAGCUGAACUUCGCUUUGAAGUCAAAUUUAUGGUGUCAUACCAGUAACUAUUCAUUUUCAACCUCUGAUUUUCCUGAUUAAUUUUACAUCAUAAUACAGACAAUUCAAAAUAUUUCUUUAUAAUUCGGGAUUUUAAAAUCAGCUGAUUUGAAGGUGUUAUUGGAGCAUAGAGGAGCGUCUUCAUGUGGACGCGGAGUUUCAGGCAUAAAUUAAAGGAUUGUAGUUUCUUACAGUGUUUUGUCCUCAUAUUUAUAACUGUUCAGUACCAGUGUUCUAACUUUUUAUUUGUUUAUAUUUGUUGUGUUGAGUUAAUGUGUAUUUAUGUGAAUCCUGACUGCGCUGAAAUUAAA